AUGACAGGGAUGAUACCUACUCGUUCUCGGACAGCAUCCAGGCAGACAGAUUCUUUAGGGGGCCGAGGUAGAGGCCGGGGCCGUGGUUCGGGUCGCAGUGGAGUUGACUUUGAUGGUAGUACUCCGGCGAGAGAUAGGGACCAGCUGAUUAUUGACUCCUUGGCAAACAUCACGGUGCUGUUGACAAAUAUAGUUAAUUCUCAGAGACAGCCAGAGGCGCCAGGGGGUGUGAGCCCUGAUACUAGGGUUGGUGGCGGCACUGGAGAUGGCACCGAGGAUGGCACUAGAGGUGGCACUAGUGGCGGUACUGGCGACGGUGCUGUGGCUGGUGGCGCCAGGGGCGCCGUUAGCGGUGGCGCUGCAGGUGUUGCCGUCGGCACUGGUGAUGCAGGCGAGACUAGGGGACAGCCUCCAGUGGACCCUGAGGCCGUUGGGAUAGAUUAUGAGUUUGAGCGGUUUAUGGGUCUGAAGUCGCCCCAGUUCAGAGGUGCGAGAGAUAAGGCUGAAGAGUUUUUGGAUCAGUUGGACAAACUGAAGAGAGGUUCUCGCAUACAUGGCUACCGGAUGGUGGAGCUCACCUCUUUUUAUCUUCAUGGUGAGGCGAGCGUGUGGUAUGAUGUAUUGAGGAGACGACGAGGUGAUGCCCUGUUAGGGUGGGCUGAGUUCAAGAGACUAUUUUUGGCAAAAUAUGUCUCUAGCACUAUGAGAUUCCAGAGGGCCCAGCAGUUUGAGGCCCUAAGACAGACCCCAGAUAUGAGCGUUGAGCGUUAUGAUGCGUUAUUCACUGAGCUCUCACAGUUUGCACCUGCUUUGGUUCCUACGGAGCAGGACAGGAUUACACGCUUUAUAUCUCGAUUGAUCGAGCCGUGGUUCAGGAGUUUGCACGCCACUCGUUUUGGCACGUAUGAGGAGGCAGUUGAUAGUGCCUUAGCCCUUGAGGCACGAGCAGCAGAGGAGAGGGCAACUAGAGACUUGAAGAGGGUUAGAGGCGACACUGGUACUUCCUUCUCUUCUGGGAAGAAGGGGAAGGGCACGACGAGUUUGCAGCCGUUGGCAGUAGCGCCACCAUUUCCUUCAUUGCCUGCGCCCCCUUCCCAGAGACAGCAGCAGCAGCGGCAGUGGCAGCAGAGACAGGAAGAGAGGCCCCUAUGUCCGACAUGUAAGAAGAGACACUCAGGGGUGUGCAGAUAUGCGAAGGCCCCGAUUACAUGCUUUAGGUGUGGACAGUCAGGUCACAUCCAGAGGGAUUGUUCACAGCUAGGGCGAGGCCCUCCAGGACGACAGGCUCCAGCUCAGCAGCCGACAUCUAGAGCUCAGAGCAGCGCUCCCCAGCCUCGAGGGGGACAUGGCCCACAGAAUCAGCCGAGGGUCUAUCAUAUGACGACUCAGGAUGCCCAGGCAUCCAAUCAGGUGGUGACAGGCUCAGAUUCUCAGGAUUUUGUUCGAUCUUCUCCCCAGACUCGGACUUGAGUCAUCAUUUCCCAGGGAAUUCUCCUUUUGAUUAUUGGUCCAGCAGAUCUUCUGGUAUGAUGUCAUACCCUCUUUUGAUUUCGGAUGUAUUAUAGGAUGCUCUGUGGAGACAUACCCAUGUUGUAGAGUCUGAUGUUUUGUCUUUAUUUUUGUUGGCACAUAAUUGUGCCAAGGGCCCGAGAUACGGGAUCGGGUAUGUAUUAUUGACAGCAGUGUGAUAGAUAUUCUUAUUUUGUACAGCUGCUGUAUAUGAAAUAUUGAGAUAUUAUGUUAGAAGGUGAAUUGGUAUUUUAUUCA